CAUCGGAGCAAGUCGACAGCAAAAAGGAAGCGCUGGAGCAGCAGCAGCAGCCCGAGUGUGAGUGCGUGGUGUGAGAGUGUGCGACAGAGCAAGACACCGCCGCCGUGCGAAGAAGCAGCAGCAGCAGCCGGAGUGAACGGCAAAGAGUUUGAGUGUGUGGUGUGUGUGUUUUUUUUUAUCGGUGUUAGACAAUUGUUGGUGACACGGAGGAAUGACCAAAGCGAGCGAGCGUUCACUUUCGUCGCCGUCGUCGAGGCUGGUUUUUCCGUCAACAGUUUGCUGCGUUCUGUGGUAGCGCCUCUGUCGUCCUGUGUGGCACAUACUCUGCGUGCGUGCUCGUGUGUUUUCCAACCCGGUCGCCGGUUGCCUGUGUGCGGUGCUCAAAAGACUAAUAAAAAACCAUUUUAAUGGAGUUGAAAUACUCGCCACCGCAGCAGAAGUCGACAGCGUGCAGCAUCUUAUUACUGGCAGCGAGCCUGAACGGUGGCGGAGAAGCAACAAUCGGCCGAGCCAGCCGAAAAGUAGUAGGCCGGGGUCGUCGUCUGUGCGGUAAACAACCUCCGCUGCAAUCGGCAGCAGCAGCACCGUGAGCGCGCGCUACAUCUCCAGGAAUCAAUGCCAAAAAUCUACCUCGAACCAGUUUGUUUGUUUUUUACAACAGAAGAAAAGCAAGAAGAGCUGCAAAAACUAAACCAGCAAUAGAGAAAAGGCUUCUCGGUUUUCGGUGGAAGAAAACACGGUUCACAGCGAACAACAAACCCUUCUCUAGCACGUCACGGUCAAAAGGUGUUGUGUGCAGUGUGUGUGUGUGCGUGCGUGUGUGUGAUGUGGUGUAGUGUGUUCUAGUUGUCAUCGGGAAGAACAUCGUCCUAUCCAUCCUAUCAUACGGAAUGCUUCUUUUUUCCUAAACAAAAAAAACUCCCCCCGGUUCUGUCCCAGUUUUUCUCGGUUUUCGCCACGGUGUUGUGUGCGGCCUCCGUUCAACGACUCUGUUUCCCGCGCGAUUGAACUUUCGGCGUGUCAGCGUUCGUGUGUGAGUGAAAGCAAAAAUCGAUGUUACAGCAUUUUCCCAGCCUUCUGGUGUACGUUCCUCCUUAUACUACCCCCCUCGCGCUUGCCCCUUGUGCGUUAUCGGUUCGGCUCUGCUGUGAGAGCAGCCGGGAGAAAAGAGUGCGUGACACGGCAUUUUGGACGAAGCUCGCGAGAGGAGUUACCUCUUCAGGGUGAAAAAUUCCUCGCAGGAGAAGCGGUUCAAGUGGAUGAAUUUGAGAAGAAAUCGUCGGUGACGUAAAAUAAAAAAAAUAAAAAUACAAAGGCUAAAAGGAGGAGCGCCACAGAGUGUCCCGAGAAAGACGGCCAAGAAUCGUGUUGCAAAUGAACACCACCGAAACGUGAUGAUUUUCCACGAAGAACGAAGCAAGAAACGACAACAGUAAAACUCACACGCGGCGACUGCCUGUCCAAGUAGAAUUUUGCAGCAAAUAUCCGCUACCUUUUUGGAGGAAAAGCUCCAGGAAAAGAAGACAGAAAACCUCGUUUUAGCCAACGAACAAAAGCCGCAACGCGUACCCCAGCAGGCGACGACUUGUGUUGUGUUUCGCCACUGUGUGUUAUUCUUUGAAACUUCAGGGAAUCAACUCGAGAACUUGAAGCUAAAACGCCCCCCCCAGAAUUUCUACCCGUCGCUCCGUUUUUUUUGAGUUCUUUUGUUUAUGCUCUUCUGUGUGUAUGCGCGCGUGUGUGCGAAAGACUCGAGUGAAGACGUUUGUUUGGUUCCGGGAAGACUAAAUUGUGCUGCCGGUGAAGACAAUUCCCGAAAAAAAAAAUCGAAGUACACAAAGGCGGCGCGUGUAAGCGAAGCGAAACUGUGUGCAAGUGUGUGCUGUUUCGAUGUAUGCGUGUGCCGUGUAAUUGUUGGUUGCUUGCUGUCGAUACAAUAAAACAGAUUUCCGGCAAAUCUAUCUUGGCCCUUUUUACAGGCCUCCAAAUGUCCGGGCGCUUCCUGGAAAGCUGAAGAGAAUCGGAAGGCUAAUAAUUCCAGAGCAGGACAAACUUUUCCCCCCAAAAGAGAGGGAAUAUGUGUGUUGAGAUCGAGAUCUUUGUAGUAACAAGUGACUUUAAGUAAACGUGUUCUUCUGUCAUCUGGUGUGCUGAGUGUCGUCUAGAGUGUGUCUCCUGUCCCCGAGUUUGUGUCCAAAACCGCAGCCCCAAGCAUCAUCUCCUGCUGGCGGACGGGGAACCCAGUGUUGGGAAUUGUGUGGAGACUCCAGCAAGGCACCGAAAAUUGAUACCCAAGUUCUGUUCGGCGGGUGGUCGUCGUCGCGAUCCGCCAUGGCACCGCUACGCUCCGGUAGGGCCGUCCCGGGCAGCGAGGGACCAGUGGCAACGAUCACGUCCUCGAGCAGCACCACCAUCGGUGGCAUGUACGAACCGCAGUACUACUGGAGCUCGAGCGCCGGCGACUCGGACCACGGCUUCGAGUCGUCCCACUCGGGCGACGGGUCCGGCUCGGAGGGCGCCGGCAUGGUCCGGUGCUGCCUGCCGCUCGGCGAAUGUCUGAAGCCGAAGGGUGCGGGCGGAAACAACCCAUUCUCCGAGCUGGGCGCCAUGAUCAACCUGGAGGAUCUGCGGGAGUGCGUGCGCGUCCAGUGCAGCAACGAGUCGUGCACGGCCGGGCAGUACAUGCACCGGGAGUGCUUCGACCGGUGGGAGGAUGAGGCACUCGCCUGCCUGAAGUCGACCGGGCGGGCCCGCUCGUGGUCGGACAAGCAGCGCCAGCAGUACCUCUGGACGAAGAAGGGCUACGAUCUGGUGCAGAAGGUGUGCGGCUGCAAGUGUGGCCGGGGCAGCCUGAAGAAGGAUCUCGACUGGAAUGCGCCCACCACGGCCACCAUGUUUGGCAGAGCGCUGGUUGGUACUGGUGGUGGUGGUGGUGGUGUUGGUGGAGAUGUCCAGAUUGGAACUGGCGGUGGAACAAUGCUGGGACCGAUCGGUGACGAUGAGACGAUGAAGAAGCAGAAGAAAAAGAAAAACCGCCACAACCAGAAGCUGGCGAUCUCGAUGAGUGCUAGCAGCAGCGCCAACAGCAGCGCCACCAGCAGCCCCAACAGCCAGCAGCAGCAGCAGCACCAGCAGCAUCAACAGCAUCAGCUGCAACAGCUACACCAGCAGCAGCUGGCCCAACAACAGCAUCUUCUGCUGCAGCAGCAGGACCAUCAGCAGCAGCAGCAGCAGCAACAGCAGGCGGCGGAUGACUUGCUAUCGAUUCUGAGCAAGAUCCGCGUGUCGGCGGCAUUGAACACGACGGCGGCUACACCGGGUCGGCGCGUCGAUCUCACCAACCUGAAUGUCCUGCCCAUGAUGGGAAUGCAGCGCCAGCAGCAGCACCUUCACAACAACGGCGGCGGUGCAUCCAUCAUGUCGCCCGGCUUGCUGACGAACGCGGUCGUUGCCUCGGCCCGCAUGCGUGCCAACAGCCUGUCGUCGUCGAUCAGCAACGGGUCGUGCACGCCACCGGCCUCGUCGAUCGGCGGCGGCUCGGAACAGUCCGUCUCGCCGAUCCACAAUCAGCCGCCGAGCCCGGCCAGCAUUGCCAAGCUGCCGCUGACGCCCAAGUCGAAGGUCGAGCUGUACUCGGAGCGUGUCAGAGCUACAUCUGGUGCCAACGGGAUCUUCUCGCGCCGCUUGGACUUCUCGUCGUUCAACGUAUUGCCGCGACAGCGAAUAAACUCCUACUCCAUAAAGAUUGAAGAUGAAGGCAAUCACGGAAACGAUGAAACGCGUCUGUUCAUUCUGUCGUCGCUAGCUGCCCAGCACAAGAGUCGCGUCGCCUGUGUACUUUGCGAGGAACCGAUGCUAGUCUUUGACCGCUACCCUCUGGUCGAUGGAACGUUCUUCCUCAGCCCGAAACAGCACAAUAAAGGAUGCAUUGAGGUGAAGUACGAGAAUCGUGUUCAAUAUCUGACAUCCGUCUGCAUGGCGUGCCUGGAAGGCGUCGAGCCAAACCGUAUCGUACGGUGCAGAUUUUGCGUAAACAAAUGGGACGGUUCGUCGCUUGUUUUGGGCACCAUGUAUUCCUACGAUAUCUUUGCCGCGAUGCCAUGCUGCACGGAACGAUUGAAGUGCAACAACUGCUUCAAACUGAUGCUGUCGCCGCACCAGCGGCUGAACUUCUACAGCGACUACAGCCACAGUGUGUCGUGUCCGUACUGUUCGGCGCAGGACAACCACUUCGUGAAGCCGCUGUCCUACUGCUACACCAAGCAGCCCAUGCAGUACUUCCAGCAGUGGCCAUAACAUGAGGCCACGUUGGAAUCGCCGAAGU